UUUGAAAUACAACAAGGACAUCUAUCGUGUGAUUUUAUAAAUGGCUGUUAGUUUGAAGAAUUUUGGAGUGUUCGGUAGUCGGCAUUUUAUUUUUAAAGCGGUAUUUUCAAAUAGUAGACAGCUUGUCACGAUGUCUGAAUCACUGAAUAAAGUACCUGAUGUGGAUAUCGACGGCCAUGGAAGAUUUAAAUAUAUUUUGAUCAACGUUUACGACGAACCCAAUAAUAUCAGCAAAUCCAUUGUCAGAGGUUAUGCUAGAGCUCAGUGGCACUGUGAGUAAUUACCAUAAAAUGUUUCUG